AGAUCAUGAUGUUUAUAAAGACAUGUCAAUCCCUGCAGAAUUGGAAUUAGAGAAGAGAAGCAGGGAAAACAAUAGAGGAUAAUUAUGCAAGAAAAGUGGCAGCAGUUCGGCAUGAAAUCACUUCAGAAGCCUGGAAUAAAUGAGCUUGAAUGUGCCUUGGACGAAACGGCUCGAUAGCGUUUAUCGGCGGCUGGUUCUGCCGUUCUGCACCCGACGGGACGGAGCAAUCUCAGUCCUGGUGCUGAGCCCCCACCCCUGCACCCCACGGGCAAUGUCAGCGUGAACCCUUCCCGGCAGAGCGCCACGCUCGUGUGGCAGCCGGCCACGAAAGCAGAGGUCACCCACAUUUCUCAUCUGUCCACUUGACAAACAAGCAUGACCUGGGUCCAGUUCUAGUGCAGCUGUGUGACCUGCCGGGCCCAUUCCUGCGCCGCGUUGCGUAAUUCCCCACGGAUAUAUCCCAGCCCUCCUACGCCCAGCUGCAGCCAACGCUCACGGGCCCUCCCAGCUCCACACGCACAGACAGAAAGUGGCGCUUGGCGAUGAAGCUAACUGCUGCUCUGCUCAUCACCAUGGUGCUCUGCAGCUCCCUUGGAGCUGGCUCUGCCCAUGACGUUGUCCCCAGUUUUCUUCUGACACUGCUCGAAGGCUCCGCGGAACAGGUCUACGCUGGGCUGAUUUCGCAGUACAACGUUGACGCUGUGACCGGAGCCGCUUUGGCAGCGUUAAAGGAAUGUAUUGAUGAGCUUUCUCCUGAGUACGUAAAGGCCCUCGUCGAUCUGCUGAAAGUUGUUCGGACAGAGGCUUAAACUGGUGAAAUAUUUGACCCAGCUGCUGACAACACUUCCCCAUGACUUCCAGCUUCUCAUAUCCAAAGCCUCUGGGAAAACAACAAACAUGAAAAAUGGAGAAAAUCAGGAUGCUGGUAGCUGCUUUUCUAAAUUCAGUGUGCUGAGUGCUACACCCUGUCACCUUCCAGUCUCUUUUAGAUCUUAUUUCUUUAGAGAUAACAUCUAAGUUCUAAAUAAAAUUCAGCUGAUGUUUUGAAAUUAUUUCUGCCCUCU